AGGCGCCUCACACUCCGCGGGAUGGGCAGUGUGUGCUUGUGUUGAGGAUGGAGAAGAAAGUGUGUGUGAUCCAGACUGACUUCCACCAGUGCCGUCCCAUCAUCGCCAUCCACAGCAAACCACUGGCACACGUUCAUCCACUGAAGCUCCGACACCAGAGCGCCAUGAGGGACCGAGACGAGCUGAAGAACGCCGUCGAGCAGAACCAGCGCUUGCUGUCCCGAGUCCGGCAGCUGGAGGGGGAGAAGCAGGAGCUGGCGGUGCAGGAGCAGGAGAGCCUCCGGCGGGCCGAGCGUCUGGAGGAGCGUCUGGAGGAGCUGGAGAACACACUGGCUUCAGUGGAGAAGGGCAAGCAGUCGGCAGACGCUGCGGUGAGGAAGCUGUCCGAGGACCUCGUCCAGAAGAGCGCCCGGCUUCAGACGCUGCAGAAAGAGAAGGAGCACCUGGUGGAGUGGAGCCAGCAGGCCAUCGAGGACUUGCAGUGCGAGGAAGAGAAGGUGAACCUCUUGACCAAAGAGAAAGCCAAGCUAAAGCUUCAGGCGGAAGAUCUGGAGGAUCUGCUGGAGCUGGAGCGCAGACAGCGGACGGAUCCGGAGAGGAGCAGGAGGAGGCUGGAGGGAGACGGCAGGAACGGCAUGGACAACCUCAGCGAGAUCGGCAAGAUGAGGGCCAGUCUGGAGGAGAUGAUCAGGAGGAGAGAUGUGGAGAUCCGCAGCGUCAGCGGCCGUCUGGAGGAGCAGGAGGAGCUGAACGCCGGCCUGCAGACCAGGAAUCAGGAGAUCCAGGCCCGAAUCGAGGAGCUGGAGGAGGAACUGGAGGCAGAGAGAGCUUUACGGGCCAAGGUGGAGAAGCAGCGCGCGGAUCUGACUCGGGAUCUGGAGGAGUUGUCAGACCGGCUGGAGGAAGCAGGAGGAGCCACGGCCUCUCAGAUGGAGAUGAAUAAGAAGCGAGAGCAGGAGCUGCAGAGGUUGCGGCGAGAGCUGGAUGAGUCUGCGCUGCAGGCGGAGUCGAUGUCCGCCGCUCUGAGGAAGAGACACUCUGAAGCACUGGCUGAACUGGGAGACCAGUGUGAGAGUCUGCAGAGAACCAGAGCCAAACUGGAGAAGGAGAAGCAGAGUCUGCGGCUGGAGGUCGACGACCUGACGGCUUCCCUCGACACACUGCAGAAAGCCAAGGCCUCGACUGACACACAGCUUAGGAAACUAGAGGAGCUUCUGUGUGAAUCCAACACCAGGAGUGAAGACCUGCAGAAAACCUUCAGUGAAGUCACUGCUGCCAAGAACAGACUCUCAGUUGAAAACAAUGAGCUUGCCAGGCAAAUAGAGGAUCUGGAGAACAAGGGCAUCCACAUGAGCCGCUCCAGAACCCUGUUGAUGUCCCAACAUGAGGAGCUCAAGAAACAGCUCGAGGAAGAGCUCAAGGCUAAAGCGGCGUUGAGCGGUGCCCUGUCUGCGGUUCGCCAGGAGUGUGUGGUGUUGAAGGAGCAGUUUGAGGAGGAACAGGAGAGCAAACAGGAGCUCCAGCGUCUCGUCUCUAAACUCAACAGUGAAAUCACGCUCUGGAGGAGCCGCCUCGAGGCCGAUGCCAUCCAGCACUGCGACGAGCUCGAGGAAACCAAGAAGAAGCUGUGUGUGCGGCUGCAGGAGGCCGAGGAGGCGCUGGAAGCCAUGCAGACCAAGAGCUCCAGCCUGGAGAAGAGCAAGCAGCGUCUGCAGGGCGAGCUGGAGGAGCUGAGUGCGGAUCUGGAGAAGGCGAGCGCCAUGUCUUCAGUGCUGGAGAAGAAGCAGAGGAUGAUGGACAAGCAUGUGAGCGAGUGGAGGCAGAAGUGUGAGGAUCUGCUGAGCGAGGUGGAGAACUGCCAGAAGGAGAGUCGACAGCACAGCGCUGAACUCUUCCAGAUCAAGACGGCCCACGAGCAGGUGCUGGAGCAGAGCGAGGCUUUACGCCGCGAGAACAAGGCCUUGCAGGAGGAGAUGGUGGAUCUCACCGACCAGCUCUCCGAUGGAGGGAAGAGCGUUCACGAGCUGCAGAAGAUGAAGAAGAAGAUGGAGAUGGAGAAAGAAGAGCUGCAGGCGUCGCUCGAGGAGUCGGAGGCGGCGCUCGAGGCCGAGGAGACGAAGGUUCUGCGUUUGCAGCUGGAAGUGUCUCAGAUUAAAGCAGACGUUGAGCGAAGACUUCAGGAGAAGGAGGAGGAGGCCGAGGCCAACAGGAAGAGCCACCAGAGGGCGCUGGAGGCGGUCCAGGCCAGUCUGGAGGUGGAGCUGAAGCUGCGGGUGGAGUCGACGCGGCUGAAGAAGAAGAUGGAGGCCGAUCAGAGCGAGCUGGAGCUGCAGGUGGAGCAGAUGAAGAAGAGCAGCGCUGAGAUGAUGAAGAGCAUGAAGAAGAUGCAGCAGCAGAUCAAGGAUCAGGAGGCUCAGCUGGAGCAGGACGCUCGUGUGCAGGAGCAGCUGAAGGAGGAGCACACAGUGAUGGAGCGCCGCUGCCUCCUGCUGGUCACUGAGGGAGAGGAGAGCCGAGCCGCGCUGGAGGCAUCCGAGAGAAUCCGCAGGAGUCUGGAGAUGGAGCUGCACGAGAUGGCCGAGAGACACAGCCAGCUGGACACACAGCUGCACAGUGUGUCAAGUGGCAGGAGGAAGCUGGAGGUGGAUCUUCAACAGCUGAUGCAGGAGAACGAGGAGCUGCAGACUGAGCUGAGAUCAGCCAAUGACAAGGCCAAGAAAUCAGCCUCUGAGGCGGUGCGUGUGGCGGAGGAGCUGCGGGUGGAGCAGGAACACGUCACACACCUGGAGCGCGUCAGAAAGAGCCUGGAGAUGCAGAUCAGAGACGCCGGCAGCCGGAUGGAGGAGCAGGAGCAAUCGGCCAUGAAGGGAGGCAAGAAGAUCCUGCACAAGAUGGAGGCACGGGUGAAGGAGCUGGAGCUGGAGCUGGACACCGAGCAGAAGAAACACGCCGAGACGCUGAAGAACCUGCGCAAGAACGAGCGACGCCUGAAGGAGCUGCUCUUCCAGACCGAGGAGGACCAGAAGAACCAGCAGAGGAUGCAGGAGCUGGUGGAGAGACUGCAGAUGAAGAUGAAGGCCUACAAGAGACAAGUGGAGGAGGCGGAGGAGCAGGCGAAUGUUCACCUGGUGAAAUACAGGAAGACGGUUCACGAGCUCGACGACGCAGAAGAGCGAGCCGACAUCGCAGAGUCUGCACUCACGAAGAUCAGGAGCAAGAGGAGCGGGAGCUUCGGGAAGGGCUACUCAUCCGUGAGUGGUUACAGCACACCCUAUCCAGCGCUGGUGAGGUCACCUGGGUCAGUGGGGUCAGAGGGCAGAGGUCAGAAGGUCACAGAUGACGACGAGUCCCUCAACUCUCUCAUUCCCAAGUACUUGAACUCGAUGAAGAAACUGAUGAUCGAUUAGAUCUGAGUCUUCAGUAACAUCAGGUUCAUUAGUUAACAUGAGCAGGAUACGCAUCAAAAAACGAGAAAUGCAUUGAAUGGAUAUGCAGUAUAUAUACUUUAUUAUUUCCUUGCUCAAUAGCGUCUUGUUUGCGUUAGUUUUGUAUUAUUGAGAUACCAACUGAUGACAGCUAGCUACAUAAAUAUAGCAGACUAUAAAUCUUAUUUAGUAAAACAUUACAUUUAACAUCAUUUAUAUUACAGAAGACAAUAACUGGAUGAUAUUCAGCAGUUCUUCAUUCACGCGUGUGUUUAAGAGAGCGUCAGUAAUGGAGAUCCAGUUUCAACCACUUGAAAAUCAUUUACAAAAGUUGUUAAUUGAUUUGGUAUAAAAACAAGUAUUGAGCAGAAUUAUGUCCAUAUAUUAUCUGUGUCUCUGACUAUAUACGGAUCGUUUGGGGAAACUAUACUAAUGAGUGUCUGAGACUUCUGUAAAUCUGAACAGAAGAUAAAAGUCCUGGUGUGAUUGUGUGUUUGUUCACUGAGAGAUGUGAACCAGUGUGGAUAUUAAUCUACAGAUACAGAUAUGCUGAGAGUUUGACCUUGACUUCUGUAAUAUCCAAAAUUGCUUCCUCCAAAUAAAUAGGCAAAAGAAAAAUUUUGUUGACAUUAUUUCUCGCUAUUAUUUCUGACUAUCUCUUGUAAUUCUGACUUUAUUUCGCAAUUCUGACUUUA